AUUUGAACAUAAAAUUCAAAUCCAGCCCGCCAAGCCCAGUCAAGCCUGGCAUGGUUAGAAAGCAGAAAUGUCAAUCCUCAAAGUGUUCGAUAAGAAUGUGUAGCGGCUGUUUGCCUAAAUUCCUUAACGCGUUCAGGAAAGCCCGCAACCUAAUACCUUUAGCCACUACGGCGAUCGCCGCAGCCGCUAUAACCGUCGGCCCCGAAAUUUCCGCCAUGGAUUCCGAACAGACUCUCAAGACUAAUGUCUGCAUCAUUGGGAGUGGCCCCGCCGCGCACACUGCGGCCAUCUAUGCCGCUCGAGCGGAGCUUAAGCCGAUUCUGUUCGAAGGAUGGAUGGCGAACGAUAUCGCUCCCGGUGGCCAGCUCACUACGACCUCGGAGGUCGAGAAUUUCCCCGGUUUUCCUCAAGGUAUAGGCGGCGGCGAGCUGAUGGAGCAGUGUCGCGCGCAGUCUGUUCGAUUUGGGACGAAGAUUUUCACGGAGACUGUGAACAAGGUCGAUUUCUCCGCCAGUCCUUUCAAGGUGUUCUCCGAUGAGAGGACCGUUAUCGCCGAUGCCGUGAUCAUCGCUACCGGCGCCGUCGCCAAACGCCUCGAGUUCGCCGGCUCUGGCUCCGGCGAAAACGGGUUCUGGAACCGCGGAAUUUCCGCCUGCGCCGUCUGCGACGGCGCUGCGCCUAUAUUCCGCAACAAGCCUCUCGCCGUGAUCGGAGGCGGCGAUUCCGCCAUGGAGGAAGCCACAUUUUUAACCAAAUACGGCUCAAAGGUUUACAUUAUUCACCGGAGAGAUGAGUUUAGGGCUUCUAAGAUUAUGCAGAAUAGGGCUUUGACUAACCCUAAAAUUGAAGUCCUGUGGAACUCCACCGUGGUAGAGGCUUAUGGAGAGAGGACACUGGGAGGACUAAAACUAAAAAAUUUGGUUACCGGCCAGGUCUCAGACCUUCAGGUUAAUGGUCUCUUUUUCGCCAUUGGCCAUGAGCCUGCCACCAAGUUUCUGGACGGACAAUUGGAAUUGGAUUCCGACGGGUAUGUAGUGACUAAGCCUGGAACUACUCUAACCAGUGUUAAAGGUGUUUUUGCUGCUGGUGAUGUUCAGGAUAAGAAGUAUAGGCAGGCUAUCACUGCUGCUGGCUCAGGAUGCAUGGCGGCCUUAGAUGCAGAACAUUACUUGCAAGAAAUCGGUGCCCAAGAGGGUAAGAAUGAUUAGUUGCCAAGAAGAUUCUUAUACAGAAGCAGCAUUGAAUUUUUAUCGCAAAGGAUUCAUCAUCGAAACUUAAAUCUCUAUUUGCUACUAUUUGUUCAUUGGAAUAGAGAAAUUGUUGAUUGGCUAUUGAGGAUUCUAUUUCUGGGUUUAAUCCUUUGUAUUAAGUUAAUUGAAGGGUAGCUUCUGCAACAUCUCCAUAAACACUUCUGAAUCAUGCUAUGAAGUAUUUAUGUCUGUGUGUUUCCUGUUGAGUAAUUUAGAAUUUGAAUGUUUUAUGCUGUUAA